UUAAACACAGCAAAAUCUGAUAAAUAUUAGGAAAAAAAAGAGUAUGGGUAAAGUGGAAUUACUCCCAAAGGAAUACGGAUACGUGAUUCUUGUUGUUGUUGCAUAUUGCUUUUUGAAUAUGUGGAUGACUAUCCAAGUAGGCAAAGCCAGAAAGAAGUAUAAGGUGUUCUAUCCCACCAUGUACGCAAUCGAAUCUGAGAACAAGGACGCGAAGCUCUUUAACUGUGUUCAGAGGGGGCACCAAAAUUCGUUGGAGCUGAUGCCGAUGGUGUUGGUUUUGUUGAUAUUGGGAGGGAUUCGGCAUCCUGUCAUUGCUGCAUCACUCGGAGCUGCAUAUACCGUUACGCGCUAUUUCUAUUUCACGGGCUACUCUACCGGUCACCCCAAGAAUCGCCUUACAAUCGGGAAUUACGGGUUCGUAGCCAUGGCUGGGCUUAUCGUCUGCACAAUAUCGUGUGGAGUGCAUAUGCUCAUCGCAUGACUUCUUGAUUUGUGUUACACUACUACUUAAGUUGUUGUAAACUUGUCAUUUGUGGUUAGUACCAUUUGCAACAUGCUUGACAAGGCUAUUUAACACUGCUUUUAA